AUGUAAAAAUAUUUGUUGAAUACAUUCAAAAUUUGGCUUUGGGAUUUAGGCCAUCUUUUUGGUGAAAAUAUAAGAUAUUAUACAAUCAUCGUUUAUGCUGUGCUGAAUGGAGUUCAAACCAAAAUUUAUGAAGGUAAUUUAGCAACAUCAAUAGUCAAGAUAAAAUUUAAUGAGUAACACGUUGAAUAAUUUGAUGUAAUAAACGUUGGAGGGAAUACAUACUAUCAAAAUAAUUUGGAUAUUAUAAAAGCUGAUGCAUAUUAUUCAUUUUCAUGA